AUGAAUCAUUCUGAUAAUAUUCUAUGCAAUAUUUCUAAGCAGAGUUAUAUGGCUCACGUUAUCAGAGAAGCAAAACUGAUAGUAUGGGAUGAAUGCACUAUGGCUCACAAAAAUGCUAUUGAAGCUCUCAACAGAACUCUUAAGGAUAUAAGAAAUAGUGACCGAAUAAUGGGUGGAAUAACUGUUGUUUUAGCUAGUGACUUCAGACAAACUUUACCUGUUGUACCACGAGGUACACGUGCAGAUGAAGUCAAAGCCUGUCUCAAAUCCUCAGUUUUAUGGCCUCAUGUUAACGUACUGUCUUUGAAAAUUAAUAUGCGCGUUCAUAUACAACAUGAUUUGAGAGCAGAAGAAUUUUCAAAGUUACUCAUUGAUAUAGGGAAUGGACAAAUUUCAGAAGUUGACGGACGAAUAAGUAUUCCGGAUAACCUAGGUGAUAUUGUUGAUGAUUUAACUACAUUAACUGAUAAAAUAUACCCAGAUAUCAAUAAAAUUGGAUCGUAG